AUGGGCAAGUUAUUAAUCGAGAAAUUGUUAAGGAGUUGUCCUACCAUCAAGUGCAUUUAUAUCUUGAUACGUACAAAAAAAGGAAAAGAUGUAUUUCAACGCAAAAUCGAGUUGUUUCAAGAUGUGGUAUUUUCCAAACUAAAAAAAGAACAACCCAAAUUCCAAGAAAAAAUAGUUUGCAUUAUGGGGGAUUGUACUUUGCCGAAUCUUGGAAUGACRAUURUAGAUAGRAAUAUUUUAAUAAAAGAAAUUUCCAUUGUUUUUCAUGCUGCAGCUACGACAAGAUUCAACGAAACUCUAAAAUCAGCGACAGUUACGAACGUACAAGCAUUAAAAUAUAUGAUUAGCCUCUCAAAGGAAAUGCCAAAGUUAAAGAGUUUUGUUCAUGUAUCCACGGYUUAUUCCYRUUGUCUUCACAAUCCAAUUGAGGAGAAAUUUUAUGAACCACCGAUUGACGAUGAAAAAUUGAUYAAUWUGKUKGAAARUWUAAAUGAUGAAUUAGUGGAUAAUGUUUCAACAAGAUUAAUURAGGGAUGGCCRAAUACUUAUGUUUACACUAAAUCAAUAGCUGAAAAUAUAAUAAAGAAACAAGCUGGUUUGCUACCGAUCGGAAUAUUCCGUCCAGGAAUUGUGAUAUCAAYGUAUCGCGAACCGAUCGAAGGAUGGGUCGAUAAUUAUAAUGGUCCAAUGGGGAUUUUCGCUGGUGCUGCAAAAGGUUUAAUCAGAUCGCAUCAUUGCGAUGAAUCCGUAAAACCAGCUAUAGUACCAGGAGAUUUGACUACAAAUGCAUUAAUCGUUAGCGCAUGGGACAUAGCAAACAAUCGAAGAUCCGAAGAAGAUAUUCCAAUAUAUAACUAUACAUCUGAUGACAAUCCUAUAACUUACAAUCAGAUGAGAGUAUUGACAUUAGAGCAUGGAUUAUUAACACCGUUCAAAGAUGCAGUUUGGUAUUGUAGCUGUGCUGGUAGAAAAAGUCUAUUACUUCAUCUUUUCUGCAUAUAUUUUUUACAUUAUCUACCAGCUACCGUAAUGGAUUUUGGAAUGUUGUGCUGCGCCAAAAAGCCAAAGUUUGUUAGAAUGUAUAUUAGAUUACACAAAAUGUUGAAAGCACUCAGUUAUUUUUCUUUAAAAGAAUGGAAGUUUAAAAAUGAAAGAUGGACAGAAGCACUCAUUAAAUUACAAAACGAAGAUCGAGAAUUGUUCUAUUGCGAUAUGAAAGACGUUGUUUGGGAUAACUAUUUUAGAACUUUUCUAUUAGGUAUAAGAUUAUACCUCUUAAAGGAUACCAUGGAAACUGUACCAGAAGCUCACGACGAUGAUGAUGAAGAGGAUUCAGAGGAUGAUGAUACCGAAGACGAGGAAUCUAUCAUCGACGAAAAAGAAACUUCUGCAAGGGCAAUGCAGAUGUUGUCUUUUAAAGACGUUGAAGAUUUCUAUGUAUAUUUUCUACAUUAUCUACCAGCUACCAUAUUAGAUUUUGGAAUGUUAUGCUGCGCCAAAAAGCCAAAGUUUGUUAGAAUGUAUAUUAGAUUACACAAAAUGUUAGAAGUACUUAGUUAUUUUUGUUUAAAAGAAUGGAAGAUUAAAAAUAAAAGAUGGAUAGAUGCAUUUAGUAAAUUACAAAACGAAGAUCGAGAAUUAUUCUAUUGCGAUAUGAAAGACGUUGUUUGGGAUACUUAUUUUAAAACAUUUCUAUUAGGUAUAAGAUUAUACCUCUUAAAGGAUCCCAUGGAAACUGUACCAAAAGCUCGUAAAAAGUGGAGAAGGCUAUACUGGAUUCAUCAGACAUUUAAAUUUUUUUUUGCUAAAAGAAAAUUGUUCUCAAUGCUUAAUGUAUGA